AUGGCAAAGCUCGUUAUCACCGGAUCACUGCGCGAAUCGAUGAAUUGCUGCACUCUUGCACCAAAAAGAAACAGAACACGACUAUUCGUGGCAAAAGCGAAUAAUAAAAGCAAAAGGAAGGCAUUGCAAUACCGUUUAGAACAGCUUGAAGGUGAAAAACAAUCCGUGAUUUCUCGUAACAAAAUUUGGUCUGGAGGAGAAAUCGGUGGGAAAAUUCAGGCAUACGAUAUUUAUGGAAUCAUGAUUGCUCAUGGGGAUAUGGGGAAGGGAAAACAGCACAUAAAUGAAGAUGUUGAAGGGUUUGAAGACAGCCUAAAAGGCUCCAUGGGAUGGACAUCUUCUCCAUCCCAGCAUCAACCUGCCGGAAGAUCCAAUGCUGAAAGGCAAGGAUUGCUCCUCGGCGAAUUCGUCAAGCUUAAUGUUUUGUGCACAGACGGGAAAUUCGCGUUUGGAUCGAAACCCCGUUAA